UAAUAGUAAAUGGAGGUACUUAUUAUCAGUUGAUGUAUGAAGUAUAGAUUGAGCAAGAGUAGACAGUAGUAAUACGAGAGACUAAUAAAAAAAGAGAACAAUUCCGAUAUGACUUGAGAAGGAAAGCUUUAAAUGAAUAAUUUAAAGUAAAAUUAAUAUACUAAAUAAAAAGAAAAAGAGAACCCCAACUAAAGAACUUGAUAUGCUAAAUCUACUUAAAAAACUUAGAAAUAAUGAAUCAGAACUAGUAUUAAACUAAUUUAUUGUUUUAGUGCAGAGUAUUACGAUUAAUGUAAGAUGCAAAGCUUGAAGAAAAUGAAGAUAUAGAGUUGUUUUUACAUGAAUUAUUGCAAGAGAGUUCUAAUGAAGAUAUAAGAUAAUAGUGUAAAUCAUUGAUAAAUCUUAAAUUCUGUUGUAUACCUUAGCAUUAAAUGAAAAAUAGAUAACAAUAAUGA